AUGGUACAAUGCAAUCUUUCAGGUCCUAUUGAUUCUUCCCUAUCUAGACUGAACCUCCUCUCGGUAAUUCGUCUUGACCAGAACAAUUUGUCAGCCACAGUACCAGAAUUCUUUGGUAAUUUUACAAAUCUGACCAGAUUGCAUCUUAGCUCUUGCGGGUUGAGUGGAAGUUUCCCACAAAAUAUCUUUCGGGUGAAGACAUUGACCUUCAUUGACAUAUCUUAUAAUACUGCUCUCAGUGGGUCAUUCCAGAAUUUCCCGUUGAAUGGAUCUCUCCAAACCCUCGUAGUGAGAGGCACAAAUUUUUCCGGAGGGCUACCAGAUUCAAUCAGUAACUUGAAAAACUUAUCCAAAUUAGAUCUUUCAAUUUCUCACUUUUCAGGACAACUUCCCAAUUCAAUCUCAGGGCUUACUGAACUCGCUUAUCUGGACUUGUCAAUGAACAACUUCAGCGGUCCAAUUCCAUCGUUUAGUACGGCCAAUAAACUGACGUACAUGGACCUUUCUGAUAAUGUGUUAAGUGGCCAAAUUUCAUCACCUGGUCGAUUUAAGGGACUACAAAAUCUAGUCACCAUUAACCUGCGUAAUAAUUCCAUCAGUGGCAUCAUUCCUUCCUCUCUUUUUAUGCUUUCAUCCCUGCAGAGCAUUAAGCUUUCCGAUAAUCAGUUCAGUCAACUGCAUGAGUUCUCAACUACGCCUUCCUCCGUAUUAAACACCCUCGAUUUGAGCAGCAAUAAUUUAUCAGGUCCUAUUCCAAGAUCUAUCUUCCAACUCAGAGAACUUGGUAUUCUCCGACUUUCGUCAAACAAGUUCAAUGGGCUAAUCCUGCUAGAUAUGCUUGUGGAGCUCAGAAAUUUAACUUCGUUAGAUCUUUCAUAUAACAACUUGUCAAUCAAGGUGAAUAAAUCAGAUUCUCGCCUGUCUUCAGUUCUCAACAUGACCACUCUAAAAUUGGCUGGUUGCAAGUUGGAGACUUUCCCUGGUUUCUUAAGAUACCAGUCCAAAUUAACUGAUCUGGAUCUUUCAGAUAAUCAAAUCCGAGGUCCAAUACCCAGCUGGAUUUGGAAACUUGAAAGUCUCUCUUACCUUAAUCUUUCUCAUAAUUUGCUGACUGAUUUUGAAAGACCGUUCCAGAAUUUGAGUUCCAGUUUGAAUCUCCUUGACCUUCAUGACAACCAUAUCCGAGGGCAAAUUCCCUUUUUACCUAGGCGUGCUGCCUAUUUGGACUACUCAAUGAAUAAGUUCAGCUCUUUCGACAUCCCAGCUUAUCCAAGUGAUUACACGGCUUUCACAAUUUUCCUAUCUCUAUCAAAUAAUUCUUUUCGAGGCACCAUUCCUCCAUUCUUCUGCAAUUUUUCAAGUCUUCGGGUUCUUGAGCUUUCCCACAAUAACUUUUCUGGUACAAUUCCUUCAUGUUUAAUGAAAAUGAGUGAGACCCAUACUAACCCUGCGGAAGAACAAUCUCACGGGGAAAAUACCUGA